AUGGAUGAUAAUAAGAAAGCUGAAAUGAGUCAGAGAGAGAGUGGCAAAGAUAGUAUAAAGAAGGUGGCAGCCUUUCUGGCUGGUUUGUCCUUGUACCAAAUGCCUCAUGCUGCAAUAUCUGCUGGUAACUUUACAGUAGGAAGAUUUCAGAUUCCUCAGAAAUAUGUUGGCUUGUACAUCAACAGAAUGAUUAUAUCCUAUAGGAUCUUCUCAUUGGUUGGGAUUACAAUUACUACGCUCUAUGAACAGUUUAAUGGACCCGCUAUUCCAUUAUUGAACAUUGGUCUGUUCGUGUUCGUUGCACUAUCCCACCUUUUGUUGUUGCUUACGUAUUGUUCAGGAGGAGCUCAGGGUCAUAUUACACUAUACUACUGGAUUGUUGUUGUGGUGGCUCUUAUCAUUGGAAUGUGCUUUGUCUUCAGUGUUAAGUUGGCCAGUGAUGAAAUCAUUUACCUUCUUGCAGCACUGCCCAUAUCCGGAAUUCUUGCAUCCUCCUAUCACAUAUCAUUCAUUGUCAUUUCUGGGUAUUUUAACGCCUCAAACGUAUACUACUGGCUGGUGUUUUGGCAGUUGAUAUGUGCGAUAUCAUUGAUAUCGGUGACUACUGUGGUAUGGAUAUUUGCGUAUGGAAUAGAAGGUGAGGGAAACUCUGGUGGUUCUGGAGGUGCCGGCGGCGGAGGUUCUAGCUCUAGUAGUAGUACUAAUGGAGGCUUCUUAGAGGCAUUAGGUCAUGCAAUAUCUCCACUGUUAUUGGUUGCGCUUGGAUAUGGAAUGCAGAAUAUGUUCUAUCCUUCAGUGGCUCCAUACAAAAUCAUUGGCAUAGACAGAGGUUACAAGAUCGAUGUGGCAGUUUUAUUCACGAGUGCUGUGCCACCAUUAAUCUUCUUGGGUCUGAUCUCCAAAGGAAAGGGUCCAGAUAAAGAUUGGGGAAGUGCUCCGUGGUGGCAUGGAGCCUGGACAUUCUUCGGAAUCGAGAUAUUUUGUGGAAUACUAUUCUUUUCCACCUUGCAUUACCCAAAUAGUGCCAUGCCAAGAUCCAUAAAGGAUAGUAUUUGGGGUCUUGGAUUCUUCACAGUACUCUACGAUUUCUCUGCACAGAUGACUAGAUGUAUAGGAAGUAAUGGAGUUGAUAAACAGAAGGGUGACGCUGCUGCUAAGAUGAACACACUAAACUCCUUUUUGUACUCCUUUACCCAGGUCAUUUUUGCCUUUCUAGGAGACGGAUAUAUUAGAACAUAUCGCCAAGCAGAGGAAAGUUCAGAUUUAUGGCCUACCGCUCACUAUACCACAAGAAGGGCCUUUUGGUUCUGGACUUGGAAUACGACUAAAGUGGCUUGUGGAACGCUCAAAGGUGCUUUUAGUACAGAUGUUAGGGCUGAGAUUCUUGUUAAAAAGGAGCAUCUCUUUAUUGUCUACGACGAUGCUCCUCCUGAGGGUGAUCCCUUUUUUGACCUUCCAUUCAUUCACAAGAAGGAAGAGUCUCCAGAUAAUCACAGUUUCAAGGGAGCAUACAUUUUUCACUAA